UGUUCGACUAGCGUUUGGUUGCUGUUGUGCCGACAGUUUACUGCAUGCUAUAAUUGUCUAUUCUAAUAAUUGCACGUCGAGCAAAUAAAUUUUUUCUUUUAACGAUUAUUUAUUUGUUAAUUUAUUUACGAACACGUGGUUUAUAUUUUGUUUACAUUUGACAUACUAGUUUAUCAGUGAGUUUGUAGUUUUUUUUUUUUUUUUAUUUUUUUUUCGUUGUAAAUAAAAACAAAAUGCUUGGAAUUAUUGCAACUGGUCGUCUGGUACAAACUGAUUUUGUACAAGUUAGUGAAAAUAAAUUUUUAAUAAAUGUUCCUGAUGCUGAUUCAAUAAAUCAUAUUGUCGUUUUUUUAACUGGAACAAUACCAUUUGCUGAUGGAAUGGGUGGAGCAGUUUAUUUUAGCUGGCCAGAUCCAAAUGCACCACCAAAUUGGCAAUUUCUUGGUUAUAUAUCAAAUCAAAAACCAUCAGCAAUAUUUAAAAUAUCAAAUUUAAAGAAAAAUCAUGAAUUUGAAAAUAGCAAAUUGAGUAUAUUUGGUGAAAAAAUAUCUCAUGUUGCACAAAUUGGUAUAUCUGUUGAGCCAUUGAGUGUCAUUGAACCACAAGCAGCAGCAGUUGCAACAGCAACAUCAAAUACAUUUAUUGAUUUUUCACAAAAAAUGAUAACAUCAUUUUUAAAUUAUGUAUCUAGUUUUUCGAUAACACAAGGACAAAUGGUUGUUAAUCCAACUGAAAAUUUUGUACCAUUAUCUGUUGUUCAAGGAUGGUAUGAAACAUUUGAAAGAAGAUUACAACAAAAUCCAAAUUUUUGGCGAUAAAUUAAUACAAAGUAUUUAUUAAUUUUUAUGUUAAAACAAACUUUUAAUUUUAUUAUUUUUUCCUUAAGGAAAAAUAAAUUUAAAACUCAUAGAAAAAAUAAUUUUUCUAAUAUUGUUUUUUUUUUUUUUUAUCAUUUGUACGUAAUUAUUAUGUAAUUAAUUUUGCAAAACAAACAAUAGUCAGUGAAAACUUGAAUAAUUAAACAAGUGAUAUUUGAAUGAAUGUGAUAUUCAUCAUCAUCAUCACCAUCAAUUAUUUAUCCAUCAGUUUGUGUCCAAUUAUUUUUUUUUUUUUAAUCACUUGCAUCAAUUUAAUUUUCGUUUAAUAAAAUAAUAAAUUCAUUUAUUAUAAAAUACAA